AUGGGCUUGUUUAGAGACAGAAGAAAGUCCCAGCUCCCGGAAGCCUACACAGGCGUCAACCGUCCACCCACUGGGUCAGACAUGCCAAACAGAAAUGCCUUGGCUGCUGCUAAUACCAUUGGUAAAUUGUUCCAAGGCUCCACCGGCAGCACUAUCAACAUGAACCAAUCAUCAUUAUCGAGGUCAAAUUCCCUCCAGACUAACAAAUCAAGUCUCAACUACAACAACCAAUUAAGAAACAUCAGUGCUGCUUCUUCCACUUCUCCUCCUCCACCAGCUGUGAAAUAUAUCCCGAAAAAAGUGUCUAGGGCAAACUCGUUAUCAGCCAGCUCUUCAAAAUCCAGCCAACAGUUUUUUGUCAAACACCAAAAUAAACGUGCCAGCACCUCGUCGUUGCCAAUGGAAGGUUAUUAUUCUCCAUCGCACUCCUUGACCUCGACGUCUAAAUCCAAACAAUCGUUAUUGCAAAAACAACGCAAUAAAUCGGUCUCCUCGCUCACUGCUAACAAUACCAGGCAAAAUGAAGAAUUGACAAAACCAAGAAUGGUGAGAAAAACCGUACCUACUCCUUAUGGGUUGAAAACCAUCGAAGUUCCAGCUGAGGAAUACGAGCGUACCCAAUCGUUAUCAAGAACCUCGUCUCUCAUGAGCGCCUCGAAAAUAUAUACCCCAAAACAUUCGUCGUUCACCGUAUCGUCGAUUAAUAACCGCACAAAGCUUCAAAAAAAAAUCAAGCGCACCAAAGAUGAUUUGGAAAUGGCUAAUCGUUCUGCUAACAGCUCAUUUGCCCCAUCAUACGACGACGACGAUGAUGGUGAUUCAAUCACAAAUUUCCUUCAACUCCCACCUUCUCUUGGUAAUAUCAAUAAGCCAAGGAAAAGAGUGAGUUUCACCGAGGAUAGUCCUGAUAAUUCCAUCAUUGGUAGCUCAAUUGCCGAGUUCCCCGAUGAGGAAGCCGGAGAAGCAGUGCCAAGUAUUGCUGCAUCGUCGCCUUCAUUUUUCAAAUCAACUCCGCAAACCAGUCCUUUGAAGAAAGUGUUCACCCAAGAUACUAUCACCCUUGAAGCGGAACCAGAAGUUGGGGAAUUGAAGCAAGAUGAUAUCCAACCGAUUAUUAUUCCAGAAGUGGCGGAGCCAACUUCCAGUGCAGUCGAUGAGAAAUUAAUUGAAACCCCAUUGAAAGUUGAAGUUGAUGAGAAACCAAUUGAGACACCAGUUGAAACACCGGCAAAAUCUCAAGUUGAUGAGAAACCAAUUGCGACACCAGUUGAAACACCGGCAAAAUCUCAAGUUGAUGCUUUGCCACAAGACACCAACCCAUCACAGAUCGAAGAACCAAAAACGGUGAUCGAGGUGAAUGACACCGUGGUUGAUGAAUCGCAAUUACCUCCUCCUGCCACUUCCAAAAUUACCCAAUCUGAAGCAAUUUCCAAUGGAACCCAAUCACCAGUAGGCUUUUUGAAACCUGCCUCCAAGAUCACGCCACAACCAAAACCUGCCAAUUCAACUACACCAAUCGCCAAGCAACCUGCCAAUGUUGUGGCCGCCACAAAAGAUGUUAAGCCUCACCAACCUAUAAUGAAGCAACACCCAGCCCUGGUCAAACCAAGUUCCAAGCAAAGUACCGUGAUUGACAACAACAACAACAACUCCCAACAAAACUUGGCCAGUAGAAGAAAGUCUAAAAGGCAUUCCACUCCUGUCAGUAUUCCAUCGGCCCAUGCCUUUGAAAAGGCAGAUUAUUUGUCUGGUUACAAUAAUGGACAUAAUGGUGAUGCCCUGGCAGCCAAGAAAAAACUUCAUAGACAAUCUCUUCCACCUGGCAAUUCUUUUGCCCAAACUAUGAGAUCCGAAAAAUCUUUAAACCGCAAUAAUUCUACUAAAGUUCAAAGAUCUAACUCGACCAUGGCUAGUAGAUCGUUUAGAAUCGACGCUACUGAGGUUAAUAACGGACCAGGGAGAUCAUCAUCGGUAAUGGGCAACAGAUCAUUUAGAUCUAACGCCAAUAAUACUCCAGUGGCCCCUUCUUCGUCUUCUCCACCUCCACAAUUUCAAGCACCACCAUCAAGUUUCUUACAAGCCAAACCGCCACGUCCAAAAUCUGAUAUUGGCGGUUUUAGAUCACUAAGACCCCCACCCACCACGGUUUCCAGCGCUCCUCCAAAACCAACCUUCAAUUCCAUUGCUCCUCCUCCUUUGAAAGGGUUAGAAACCAAAUCCAGUUUUGAAAAACUUAGACCAACCGAGAGUAACAAGGCCUUCAAACGACUUUCCAUGCGUGAUUACCCAGGAUCACCAUCCUCGACCCCAUCUGAAUCAAUCCUGAUGUCUUCUCCUAGCAUGAAUGGUGCUUCGAACCUCGGGAUCUUCAAAUCAAGAUUCGACGAUUCAGACGAUGAAGAUAGCGGAGCUCCGUCUAGCAGUCGUAAAUUCGCCAGACAUUCCUUCCGUCGCCAAGAAAACCCUGCUGCCAGCUUGCCAAAAGUCCAAGAACGAGUGGUGAGUGGAUCAACCAUUGGCAGCACCGCUAGUCUUGCUAAUGGCAACAACAACAACAACAACAACAAUAACUCUGCCUCGUCGACAUCUCGUGGCACCAGCAAAUUGUUUGGGUUUGCCCGCCAUCAUAAACCAGAGACUCCCACCCUUGUGAAGAAAUCCGCGGUGCCAGACAUCAUCACAAACCAAACCCUUUCUACUCCAGUAAAGCAUGACGAGCCGGAUGUUUUGAAAACCCCUAGCAGCAGUAUCAAUUCCGAUAAAUUAUUCGAACAGCAUUUGAAUGAAUCCAAGAAACACUUUUUGUUCAGCCAAUUUGAAAACUCUUAUAGUGCCCACCAUAUUUCCAAGAAUACACAAUCCCAAACCGCUAAUGGAGACGGCGGGUUUGCCAGUAUCAAUAAUGAUGGUGGUGUUGAAUUGGAGAAACCAAAGAAGAAGAAAAAGGGAAAAUUGAGAAAAUUGUUUGGGAUGUGA